UCAAGGGCCUCCUUUCAGUCCCGUGAGGCCCAGGGACAAUAUUUCUUAUUUCCCAUUUGGCAGGAGAAUCCCGCCCACUUUCAUCUCAUAGCUCUAUAUAAGACAGUAAAGGGGCCUGGCGAUAAGACACGGCUCUCAAGAUGCGGUGUAAAGUCCUCGUCUAUGUCGGCCUCCUGGCUCUCAUAAAGCAUGGGUCUCCCAGAGAAAUUCAGGCCGGCCCAGAUCAAUAUGCAACCCUCCCCUGCAAUGUGACGCUCCCUGUUUCUGUGAACGAGUCUCUCAUCACUGUCAGCUGGAUAAGUAACGGCUCUGCUAUCGCCUCAUUCGGGAACGUGGCAACGCAAAUAAAGGAAGGCUUCUUCUGGCGCCCCAGUGAUUUUAUCAGUGGAUCCUUUUCACUGUACGUCCUCAGAGCCACUCUCGCCCUGCAGGGGGUGUAUGAAUGCACGGUCAGCUACAACUCCACGAUCCUGCACUCCAGCAACGUUACAUUCAGUAUCAUCGCUCCCCCCACUCUCUCAAUCCCUCAGCAGUGGGUGGUGUUAGAGACAGAGUGCCAGUUCAUAUGCAACGCAGAUGGUUUCUACCCUCCUCCUGUCUCUUUCUCCUGGACCAGAGACGGGCAGGUGAUUCAUCCUCCCCACCCGGUCCAAGGUGAACAGGCUCCAGACGGUUUCUACACGGCCGUGGGCAACUUGACCCUCUACCCUUCCCGUGAGGACCAGAAUGUGACCUUUGGCUGCAGAGUGUUACACAAUGGAAACAAUCAAGAGCUGGACUUCCAACUCAACAUCACAUAUCUCCCGUCUGUGCGUCUCUCUGCGUUGCCGUCGCACUCCAGCAACAUUCCUCUCACUCUCUACUGUGACCUGGAGAGUUUCUACCCUGAGGAAGUCUCGGUGUCCUGGAUUCAAAAUGGCACAAGCCUUCCCGAGCCCCCGGCCACCGAGCAAAACCCAGACGGGACCUACAGCACCAGACACUAUUAUACUUUGAGCCCCGAGCAGAGGGAGCAAGGUGGGAGGGUCGAGUGCUUGGUGAACCAACCUGGGGUAAUGGUCCCAGUCAGCGGCUCGGCAGACAUGGAGAAACUGGAUCCACAAGAUGAGUCUCCGGUGUUGACGAAAUCAGCCAAAGCAUCUGUGGCUCUGAUGUGCAUUUCUAUAGUGCUGGUCUUCCUGCUCUGCUUCGGCUUUUCUUGGAGGAGAAGAGAUGAGAAGCAGAAGUCUCUCACCGUGUCGGGGAUCAUUCUCCCUCCGCGCGUGAUCAUUGGUAAAAAGGGCCGAGUGACGGUGAGCAUCGAAGGCCGGAGAGUGGACCGAGUCCAGACAGCCUGGUUCCUCAAUGAUACCCCUAUCUCCGACACCUCAUUCACAGCAUCAGAGAAAGGCCCCCUGCUGCCCUCCAGAGGCGAGAUGGCCUACUACAAGCUGCACACCGAGGGGCCGCUGCACUCGACUGGAAGUGGCUCCCAGCAGUUGAUCUCCGCGAUGACCUUCAUACCCCAGAUUUCAAUCCACAAGUCGGCGGUGUUCAAGUGUCAGGUCUCCUACAUUGGCAAGGACAAGAUCGUGGUGGAGAAGGUGUCCGAAAAGUUCACGAUUCUGUCUCCGCCUGAAGUAUCAGAAAUCCAGCUGGCAGAGACACCAAACGACUCAGAUGUCAUCAGCAUGACUGUACGGGCAACACAUUUCCAUCCGGACGUCAUCACCUUCCGCUGGUUCUGUCAGGGGGGUGAGCUGAGCCCUGUGGCCUCCCAGGCCUCGUCCUCCCCGAGGCCUAACUCUGAGGGUUUCUUUUCGGCCUACAGCCAGUGCAAGUUGCCCCAGAGGGAACUGGAAAAGGGAGGAACAAAAGUGUGGGUCAGUGUCCACCACAUCGCCCUGAAGCAGCCAGUCACCCGCGAAACCAGAGGCUUCAUGAGGAGGCCGUGCGUGUCCGAAAUCUUCAGCUCCGCCUCUUCCCCGGAUCAGACUUCAACCUUGGGAUGUGAAAUCACAAAUUUCUACCCUCCGAACGUCACAGUGACCUGGCUGAAGCUCAGAGAGGGAGAGCAGGAUGACAGGGAGGAGGAGGUGGUCGACGGAGGGGAGCUGUGGGGCCCCUUACAGACUCAGCCCAGAAUCUACAGGGCCACAGCCUUUCUGAAAAGGAAGGGAAUGAGUCAGGGGAAGAAGGAGAGACGAGGAGGGAUUAUGUGCAGAGUGGAGCACUGUUCACUACAGGAGCCCAUUGAGAGGCAAUGGAAACAUGUUGACAUUGUUGCUCCCUACAUUGCUCCAUCCCUCUCGGUGUGUUGGAGCAGUGAAGGGGUCGGCGUGUUCUCUCUCCUGGUGAAGGGAGGUCACCCCAAGGUCAAACUACUCUGGGCGGCGGGCGGACACACUCUCUCAUCGCUGGUGUCCAAUGAGACGGAGGAGAUCGGAGACGACGGUCAGAGGGAGCUGAAGAGCGUGUGCGCCCUGGAGAGGUCGACGAGUCUGCCAAGUCGGACGAACAAACAGCAGGAGAGACAGAAGAACAAACACGCAAUAAAAACAAAAGCUGCUGUUACGGACCCGGACGCCGAAGGGAUCGAGUACAUCGACGAACAAGUGGACGGAGAGAACAACAACAUUGACAGGGAGGAGGACAUGAACGCGGAGGUGGACCAGGACAGCGACAAAGAGGCGGUGGACGACUCGGGCGCGCUGCACAUCAACAGAGUCAACCUGAGCAGAGGCCCCAGAGAGAGCGAGCGAGCGUGCAUGAGAGUGUGCGUGGAGAUCACACACGCGGCCCUCAAGCUUCCUGUUUAUCGAACGUGGACAGAGCCCAAUGAGGAAAUGUCCUCCUCUGCAUGAAGCCCUGACGUCUGAGGAGUGUGUCUCUGUGUCACACAGCAUAAAUCUAACAUACUGUAUGUUUCUAUAUAGUGAAUACAAAGUAGUCAUGAUUCCAGAAUGUCAAGGGUUCAAUUUUAUUUAUUAUGAUGUGUCACACGUAACUUUUUUUCUUCCAACUCCACAACUUUUACAAAUGUUCAUAGUUUUGUACAAAGAAUUUUGCAACAAUAAUAAUCAACCUCUGUGGAUAUUAAAUCUCUUUUGGGAAAUGCAAUCUAUUCUAAAUCAAGAGAUUUGUGUCUUUUGUUUCUCUCCGCUCAGUGGUCUGUGCAGAAACAUAGGAGUCUAUCUGUUUCUGUUGUUGGUCAACCACUGCAACAUGUUCUCAUUUCAAAAUACACUUCUGUUUUUCCCCCUGCACACCCUGACCACAGGGACGUCACGUGCUCGGCUGAACUGAGUAAUUAAGAUGAUGUUUAGUUGGAAACUUCCGUUG